UUAUCGGAUCCAGUGCUGAUCAAAGCGGUAGAGGAUCAAAUUCAAAGUUUUGGACAAACACCGGCCCAAUUGCUUCAUACCCCCCAUCCACAUCGAAAUUCGGCACUUCAUUUGAACCCGCUCAUGUUCAGCCCACUUCGUGAAGAAGUAUGCAUGGUACACAAGUUCUAUUCAAACUCACCCGUUGUCUUCUUGGCCGCGUACACCGCACCGUCCACGAUUCCCCAACCCGGCGUGGUUUCCGUCACGGCCAAUCGGACUUUAGUACUCAGUCGGUGGAAUUGUGCUGCUGCAGGUAAUUCGACCACUAGUUUGCACAUUUUGGGUGAUGAUUUUGAUCAGAGCUUGAUCACUUGUAGCAAUCAAUUCACUUGUCCUGGAGACAAUCGUGCUCUAAUCGCAUGUGGCUAUGAUGACUGGUCAUUUCGUGUGUUUGCUGUGGACACCGGUCGCCUGAUUCAGGCCGUGUUUGGACACUAUGGCAUUGUCACGUGCCUGGCCCAUUCUGGAUCACAAUCGGCUAACUACUGCUAUCUGGCCUCAGGCAGUGGUGACUGUACUGUGAAGUUAUGGAUUUACAACACUCGACGUAUGUUGGUUCUGGGUAAUCAUGGACACGAGGCUGAGGUGACGGCCGUCAGUAUCUCCUCUGAGCUAGGUCUGGUUUUGAGUGGAUCUAAAGGCGGUACGUGUCUGUUGCAUAACACCCGAGGCACAUUGCUUCGCCAGUUGUCCACAGUGAACCCGACGGACAACCUGCAUCCAGUGGACGUUAGUGUGAAUGGAGAGCAGGACCUGCGGCCUGUAACUUCGAUGUUCGGACCUGUCCACUUUGUGCUCUAUCAUCGUGAAGGCUAUCUGGUCACACAGCAAGGUCCCACACAACUGACCCUGUCUACCUUAAAUGGCAAAAUAAUCCACUCCAGUGAUCUUCGACGCCUUGCGGCUACUAGUACAUAUCGAAUCACAGCAGUUCUUUUCAGUGCUUGUGGUCGUUAUCUUCUGAUAGCCGGUUCCGAUGGAGUUGUCUGGGUGUUGCGUUGUCACAACCUGGCCCCGGUGCACGACUUUCCUCGGUGUGAUGCUCCUGUGCGUUCGUUGGCACUGUCAAGUGAUCAACACUAUGUCCUAGUCGGUCUGGAAACUGGUUCCCUGGUUGUAUUCUACAUCGACUUUGGACAUUGGCAUCACGAAUUUCAGGAACGCUACGCCGCCUAA